AGUUGGGAUCAACUCCAAGAGUCCCAACAUGUCAUAUAAUAUAAUAGCGCUUUUGAUUGUGAAAUAUGUAUAGGUACUGUUUCUGUCUGCAUAUACGUGUAUUUAAAUGUUUUUAUGCACGUGUAUUCUUCAAGUUUCAUCUGUAUAUACGUGUUGUAUGGACGCAUGAAAAAUCACGUUAUUGGCCCAGUUACAAAAAUCCUAUUUUCCUGUCCCAAGUCAUUCUUGAGCCAAGUCUUCAGUUUAAUUUGUCAUUUAAUAAUUAAGUUUCGAUAUAUAUAUAUAUGUAUGUAUAUAAGUUAAGUAAGGGCUUAACGUGCUAUUAAUGUGCUAUAUCUCACCUCAUCCCGAAUGGUAUCAGAGCCUAAAAGAUCUAUAGGAAUAUAUAAGUUUAUCCAAAAAAUUUAAAUAUUUAACUUACUAUUUGGUUUUUAACUUUACCACUAGGAUUUGGUUCUCGACAGUUCUAAAAGCUAUUGUCUUGAAGUCUAGGAAUAUAUAAAGAUUUAGUUUUAAGUUAUAAAACUAUAUAUAUAUAUAUAUACACAUACAAACUGAAGCCUUGCCUAGUUGCCAAGAAUUGUGUUUGGAUUGUCACUGUAAUAGGUUUUGUGGGUUCGGUAUCUAUGGAGAAAAUAAAGUUUUAAAUGAAAAAAGGCAGCCACAAAGGUUAGCUCGAAGCUUCUCAUUGGUGCAAAAGCCAACAAAGUCCUCCUUGCAGAAGCUGGAAAAGACUUUGAUGAUUUCCUCUUCAACCUACUUUCUUUGCCAUUUGGAACCGUUGUCAGGCUCCUUGCUAACGAAACCAUGAUUGGCUGCAUUGGAAGCCUGUACCAAAGUAUUGAAAACCUGUACCAAAGUAUUGAAAACCUGAAUGAAGCUUACAUGCAGCCCAACCAACGCAAGGACUUGAUCUUGAAACCCAAUGGACCAACUCCUAUGGCUAAUGUUCCGCUUUUGUUGCCCAACUAUUGUGUACCCUCAGCGGCUAGAUAAGUUCUUUUGGUUGAGAUUCCAUCUAUCUUGAUGAAUAUGAUCAAUCUUCAUACCUCAUUUCUUAUUUCUUAUGGAAAGUUGAAGGUGCAUUAUAAUUUAAGCACUGCUAUUUGUUUUGUCAGGCAACUGUCGCAACACUCCGGCCUCCUUGUAGGGCAGACCACUCAUGAUGGGACCGGAAAUGGGGUUGUGAGUGUUGUGACAGUCGCCUGAAGUUUUCAAGUUACAUCUAAUUGUCAAUGUGAAAGUUCUCAAUCUUAAGCACCUACUCAUAAGUAGAUUGGCUUGGGACACUUUUGUUCUAAACAGUUACAGCCAUGGCAGCAGGGAAAAAGGUCAGCUUGAAGCUUCUCAUUGAUCCUAAAGCCGGCAAAGUCCUUUUUGCAGAAGCUGGGAAAGACUUUGUCGAUUUUCUCUUCAACCUACUCUCUCUGCCGGUUGGUACCGUUGUCAGGCUUCUCACUAGUGACACCAUGGUUGGUUGCAUUGGAAAUCUAUACCAAAGUGUUCAAAACCUGAAUGAAGGUUACAUGCAGCCUAACCAAAAUAAGGACUUGCUCCUCAAACCCACUGCACCAACUUCGGUACCUAAUGUUCCUCUCCUGUUGCCUCGUGAUUGUGUAUCCUCAGCAGCCGGAAAGUUCUACAAUUGUGGAGGAGGUCACUCGUACAUGACGAACAAAGCAGGGACAAGGUGUCCCUCAAGUAAACAUGGCAUGUCAACAGAAAUACCAUUUGUUGCUCCAGCUAAUGAGGAGGUGACUUCAACUGGUGAGGGUGGUUAUGUUAAGGGCUUAGUUACCUACAUGGUGAGCGAUGAUUUGUCUGUGACGCCAAUGUCUAUGAUAUCUGGCGUUUCCUUGCUGAACAAGUGCAAUGUUAUGAAAAUGGAUGAGCUUGAAGAGAAGGUGGUUGAGUUUGGCAUGGAUGAGGCUUUGGAUUUGUUGAAGGGUUCUUUACAGUCAAAGGCUGCGCUCACUUAUGUCUUCCUUGGGAACAAGGGGGUCAAGGAUACUGGUGGAGCUAAUUGAUGCAAAGCUGAUAUGGAGUUUUUUUUGGUUUUUUAGGCUUUUGGAGGUAGUUUAAACAGAGAUCAAGUCAAGUUGAUUUUAUUUUUCUGGGCUGUAUCUAUGUUUUUUUGGCUGUAUAGUUUACACAGCAAGAGAUGUUCAUACUCUCUUUCAGUUGAGACGAUAAAAAUAUUAAACAAUUUCUCCUUCGCAAGUGAUAUAUUAGGCUCGACACAAGAGUUUCAUUUCUUCACCUUAUGGGUGUAGAUUGAUGGAAUAUAUGAAUUUAUCAAAGUUUUGAUUUGAUUUA